AUGGAGCGAGAGCUUAUAAAGGUCCCAAAACAGGAAAUUGACAAACUGCGUCUACUACCCUUGUCAGAUGGUGAGAAAGGGGGCUACCUAAACGAUCUGCAUAUAGACAGCUAUUUGCGUCUACUAGAGCGGCGAAGUCGCCAUACCCCCGGACUACCAAACACCAUGUGUAUUGACUCACUUUUCCUGACCGACCUACGGAGGAGAAGAAUCGAUGCCGCCACUCGGCGAUUCAGGCGAGUGAACCCCUUGCUACCGGAGCUCCUGCUGGUGCCACUCUUCAUCCCGGGAAAGCCUGUGGGGCACUGGGCUCUGCUAUCGGUACACCCAGAAAAGAAGCAGGUUCACGCGUAUGACUCGAUGGGAUACAAACACCCCCAGGAGAUGCGACAGCUAUUUCACGCUCUGCAGAGAUACGCGCGGGUGAAUGACAUUCCCUGGUCCCCGGAAGCCUGGCAUCUGCAGGACACCUCUGAUUUAGGGCCACGUCAAAAGAAUGGAGUGGACUGUGGAAUCUUUGUACUAUGGUUUGCUGAGCUGCUGUCCAGGAAGCAACCCAUCCCGCACGCUCCCUUCGAGUUGGACACCAAGUGGUAG